UAUAAAGCCCUGACAACCCUAAACAUUGAAAAACCUCCCCAAAGACCCAAUCCUGUUAUCAUCUUCUAGUUCAAGAACACCAGCUUCUGUUUCCACUGCCAAGUCGAUCAAUUCAGGUAUUGCCGUUAUUGUCCCCGAGAAAGCUAUUCAAUUUCGUAGUUGUAUCGCAGCUUUUGCAAGUGUUUUCUCGAAGAAAAUCUGAUAUUGGGCUUUAAUUCUUUCUGGGUUUCAUGGAAGAUUUUUAAUUGAAAAUGGGUUCUUCGUUUAUUCUUUUUUCAAAUAAUGGGUUCUUAGUAACUCAAAAAAAAUUGGGAAUUCAUGCUGGAAAGUCUCAAUCUUUAGGGAGAAGUAGAAUUCUCAGUUGUUCGUUAUCUAGUUCUAGCUAUAGUUCAGCUUCUUUUCAUUUAUUAGGGUUUCAUAGCUGUUAUAAAUCUCCACAUAGGUUGCUUUGCAACACAAAAAUUAGGUCUGUGAUCAAUGAAAACUGUGAAGAUAAAGAUACCCAAUUGGGAAGGAGAGAAAAUGCUGGUAUAAGAAAGAGAUUUUCAUUAAGAUUACGGCCAAGGCUGAGAUUGCUGUCGAUGAGAUUGAAAAGAGUUUCGAUUUGGUCGAUAUUGAAUGACCUUGGGAUGUUUCUGCGUAAGAAUUUGAAAAGUGUGACAGUUUCUACUUCAAUUUCUGUUGCCUUGGGGAUGUGUUAUUUGCUUUUGAAAUUAACAGCAAUGCCAUCUCCGAAAGUUGUCCCUUAUUCAGACUUGAUAAUGAGUCUUCAAAAUGGGAUUGUAACAAAGGUUCUAUUUGAGGAGGGAUCGCGUCGUAUAUAUUACAACACCGAUUCGUUGAGUGUUGAGAAAACUCAAAUAUCAGAAGAUAAAUCCUUAGAAAGCAAUGUUCAGGAUGAGAAUGUGGUUGACACAGCUGAAAGCAGUGAUGAUUUUGUGAGAAACGGCGGAAUAACAGGUUCAAAUAUGUUGAAAAAAUUGACGAGGACUCAAGCUUCAACCCCUCUGUGGAAAUACUCUACAAGAAAGAUAGACCAUGAUGAGAGCUAUCUUCUAAGUUUAAUGAGAGAAAAGGGAACUACAUACAGCUCUGCCCCUCAAUCAUUGCUUAUGUCGAUGAGAAGUAUCUUGAUUACUGUAUUAUCUUUAUGGAUUCCCUUAACUCCGUUAAUGUGGCUUCUUUAUCGGCAACUUUCUGCUGCUAAUAGCCCGGCAAGAAAACGGCGACCUAUUAACCAGAUGGUUAGCUUUGAGGAUGUGGAGGGCGUUGAUACUGCCAAGGUAGAGCUUAUGGAGAUAGUUUCAUGCCUGCAAGGAUCUAUAAACUACAAUAAACUGGGAGCGAAAUUACCCCGAGGUGUGCUACUGGUGGGUCCUCCGGGGACAGGAAAAACAUUACUAGCCCGUGCAGUGGCUGGUGAAGCAGGAGUACCAUUUUUCACUGUUUCUGCCAGUGAAUUUGUGGAGCUUUUUGUUGGAAGAGGGGCGGCUCGCAUUAGAGACCUUUUUAAUGUGGCAAGGAAGAGCUCACCGUCAAUUGUUUUCAUUGAUGAGCUUGACGCUGUUGGAGGAAAGCGUGGUAGAAGUUUCAAUGAUGAACGAGACCAAACGCUAAACCAGUUGCUGACAGAAAUGGAUGGCUUUGACUCGGACAUGAAGGUGGUUGUUAUUGCUGCAACUAAUAGACCAGAAGCAUUGGAUCCAGCUCUAUGUCGGCCUGGACGCUUCUCAAGAAAAGUAUUUGUGGGUGAACCAGAUGAAGACGGGAGGAGAAAAAUUUUGGCUGUACAUUUGAGAGGAGUACCUCUUGAGGAAGAUAGCGGUCUUAUCUGCAACCUAGUUGCAUCUCUUACCCCAGGCUUUGUCGGUGCUGAUCUUGCAAACAUCAUCAAUGAAGCCGCUUUACUUGCUGCCCGCAGAGGCGGCGAAUGCGUGUCAAGGGAAGACAUAAUGGAAGCUAUUGAAAGGGCGAAAUUUGGGAUCAAUGAUUGGGAACCUAGACCUGCAGCCAUAUUAAGCAAGAAACUUGGGAAACUGUUCCCAUGGAUGCCAUCUCUGACGAGCAGGAAUUACACGAGACAGGAUGGAGGAAUUCAAAGUCCCCUGGGCUAUCAAACUCUAAGCUGAUGAGUAUUUUCUUCUUUUUUGCGGUGCCAUUUUUGAAAUAUUUAAAUUGACAUAUUUUGAGUUAAACUUGCUUAGAACAAAAGGAAAUGUUACAUUGAUGUUUUGUUUUGUGGGACUUUUCCCUUUGAUGAUUGCAGCUGUGUUUAUUUUAUAUAUCAAGAAUGUGUCAUUUCUAAGUAUAACAA